CUUGUUCUUGGCCGUUUUGUCCAACUAGCUAGGUGCAAUGGUAUGAUCCCACACUGGUACAUGUAGUUUCUUCUUUACUUUGGCGUCCACUCCGGUGGGUCAGCUGGUGGUGAAUUUGUCCAGGCAGCUGGCUAGCUCGAAGUUUGCCACCGUUGGUGGCGAAUUUGUCCAGGUCUAGCUAGCUAGCCACCGUUGUGUUUUCCAGUAGGUAUCAACAUCAAUCCAACUAAACACCCAGUCAAGUCGCCAGUAUAAUUGCCACAGUCGCAUGAUAGUCGUAGCUGUCCUAAUACUAAUGGGCGUGUUGCUCACAAUGUCACUGGGAGAAUGGGCAGAUACUGCCAACCCUACGGUGUUACCUGCCACCUUUUCUCUUGACCGCAACAGCUCCGGUACGACUUGAGUAGCUACGGUACCGGCGCAGGUACGGCACGGUACGGUGCCUACGGUGGCUCCGCCAGCUACUGUAGGCUUUUCCUAUUCACGAAUCUGUCACAUUUUACCAUGUUUGGCGCACGCGAAGGAGGAAAAAAUCUUGGGCGGGACCCCUUCUCCUUGGAUAGCGGAAGCAACGCCAAAAUCUUCCGCUUCCUCAUUUUGGUUGGAAGAUUCAAAUUCAGCGACAGCAUUGUAUCCAUCCUGGAUCGUUGGGAGGUGCGCUUCCUCCAAUGUCAUCCGCCAGGAUAGGCCCAGAAAGCACACUCACAGAUUGCUGCAGUUAGUCGAUCAAACGGUCCUUCAGUUGCGAUCAUUAUAAAUUAUACUGAAUGUGCUACAUAGCGUAAUGGCGUUUCCGUUUGGCCAAAAUUCCGCUCUAGCCAAAGUGGAGCCAAAGUUUCUGUUCCUGAAACCUUGCAUUUCUUUGCCUCAUUCGUCCCUUCGAGAUAGAGUUUUAUCUAUUGGAGGGUAUAGCAGAGCCAACCAAAACAAAAACAAAUUGGCACCAUGAGCUUGGAACAACUUGAGCAACAGAUCCAAGUUGCCACCAUGGCCAUGGAAAGGGCGAACCAGAGCGGAGACAAGAAGCUAACUGGUAAACUCAAGAAGGAGCUCAAGAGCUUCAAAAAGGUAUUGGAAAAGAGCAAGUCUCGUUUGAAGGAGUUGGAACAGAUCAAAAAACAAUGUGACGACCUGUCGGCAACCCGAGAGGUAAGAACGAAGUCACGGGAUUCGAAGGACGAGGCGGAAAAGGCCGUGCUCAAGCUGAAGAAGAGCAAGGACGAUGAUUCCUACAAUAAACCAAUUAUAAUCCCAUGGCUCAACAAAGGCAAAGGCAAAAAGAAGGCAGAAGUGGUCGACCAAAGAGACGAGGAAGAACAAGAAAGCAGGAGAACGUCCGAUCUCGAGAAAUCUUUUGGAGACCAAGAAAUCUACACAAGUCCCAAGGAUUCGGAUAGUAUCUCGUCAUUGGGAUCUCAGAUAUUUGGGACUUCAGAGAUCACCAAGCACGUUAAUAAGGAGCAAACCUUGAUCGAUUUCAGAGCCCUGGGCAAGUCAUACGAACAAGAGUUGGCAUUACUAAACAGCGUGGAAGAGACUGACGAAGCCGGACUCCUUGACCUUGUGCGAUCUCGUUCCGACGUUCUCAUGGCUAAUAUGAUGACGGCACAGAAUAUUGCAGAACAGGAAUUGAAGGCCAGAGAACGGUACAUAAAGGCUACCAAGGAACACCAGAAACUACAAAAGGCUGGAGUUGCCCCUGGUACAAUGCAAUGGAGGAAAUCUGAAAAGCUCCUUCGUGAUAGCUAUGCUCAAAUCGAGUACUGGGAAAUGCUAGGCGAGGAACAACAAAGCCACGCCUCGAGUGGAAUCGCCGCCAAGAGCGCUUUGGGAAAAUUGAAUCCUCGUGACGCAAGGAUGAUUGACUUUGAUGCUGAAGAGACAAAGGCGCGCGACAACUAUUUGUACGCGAUGAUGCAUCACCAGGGACUUGUCAACAGAGGGGUCGCCACAAGCUCUCCUCAAUGGAAAGAAUCUCAAAAGAAAUUGGAAGAGUGUCUCUCGGCAUUGCAGUACUGGGAGGGACGUCGUGAAAUUGUCGUUAUUCCAAGCUAUGUGCAGCCCACCACGCUAUGACGGGGGCUUCCUCGAUUUAUUUGUGUGUAAGGGGCUUGCGACAGCCAGCCACUUCGUCUCGUUCGACUGAGCGUUUAUCUACUCCCCGCCGUUACUUGCUUAAUGAAUCUAUGGUACAAGGAAUUUCGUGUGUAAAAACCUACAGAAAUGAUUUUAUUGAUUUGAAUGAUUUUUUGUUUGCAUCAAG